AUGAACACUACGGAGUUCGACAAGGGCAAGUUCUGGCUUCUCCCUCGGCCAGAUUCUGCUCUCAUCAUUUCAUCUGUUGUGCUGCUUGCACUGUUUGGGAUUGGCUAUACGGGGUUGGCUGUGACGAUGAUUUUCUUCUAUCCACUGGACCUCCCCAAGCUCAUUUUCCAGACCAUCACACUCUACACGUACCUCGAAAAGGGGUUCCCAACUGCGAUUAUAUACACCUAUUCGGUAUUGCUGCUCUGUAAUUGGCUUGUGGCUUGCUACCGUAGCCAACGCUACGGAGCAGACCCGGCACUGGUCAUUGCUCGACUCUACUACACCUUUGAUUUAUUCUUCGCCGUCUUCGCACCUCUGGUCGUUCUCAUCUUUUUCAUCGAGUCGUUCAAGUUUGACCGGGAGGCUUUCCAGACAAAGACCGAGACGAUCGGUGCUGGCACCUUCGACACCGUAGCUCGUCUUUUCGGAGACCCGUCCCAAAUCUCGAGUUUCUGCAGUGCUUUCCACUACUUGCAGUUCUCGUCGGGCUCGACGUUGUUCUACAAAUCUGCGCUGAACUUGCUCUCUCUGUACAAAUGGAAGAAAAUCAUCACGACUCUGAUCCACAAUCGUCACGAACGCCAACUGGAGAGGAAACGAAGAGUCCUAGUUGGACCGGUUCCCAAUACUUUGUCUCGCUCAGCGAGCAUCAAAGUGGCCAUUACGAAGCAGAUCACCGCGUCAAAGCUGAAGUUUAAGGCGGAAAAACACUUUUGGGCCAAGCUCUUGCUAUCGCUGAUAUUCUUAUGUGCAGGAAUCGGCAACUUUGUCUAUUCGGUCGGAGCAAUUGUGUCUACUUCGGACUUGUGCGGCAAGUACGAAAAAUGUGCCGUGGCGAGCUACCAGUGGAAUUUCGGGCAAAAGUUCUGCACGUGUCUGGUGUUUGCGGACCGGCACACAGCGCCGAAAACCUACGCUGAGUGGACCAACCCCGAAGACACGACCGCUAAUCUGGCUGAACUCGCACAGUCUGGCGAAUUGCGCAUCGUGCAAAUAAUUAAUCGCGCUGUCCCCGAACUACCGGGAGAGCUGAGAAAAUGCGCUUACCUCGAGCAACUCAUCCUCGCCUACACGAAAACAGAGAGUAUACCGGAAUGGCUAUCGGAAUUUGCCCACCUCGAGUAUAUGCAUAUUGAGGGCGACUACACGAGUAGAAGACUGGCAACUAUACCCGACGGGGUCUUCGACAACAUGCCACAUCUCUCGUUCUUACACUUGGGCAAUAUUCCCAAUGUGGAAACGCUACCGUCACUUUCGUCGCUCGAGAGCUUACGCUACUUGACGUUAGCCGUCAUCGACUCGCUGGAGGAGAUUCCGAGCUUCGAUGGCCUUUCGAGACUCAGCGAUUUGACCAUCAUCAACGCACCGCGCGCCACGACGUUGCCUUCAAUGGCACCUCUGGAGAGUCUGACGAAAAUGGUGCUGCGUCCAAAGAGUGCCGUGUGCUGCAACGGAUUCAUAUCAGGGACUUGCAACAUGACGAUGGCUCAGUGUUUGCCCGUGGCAAGUGAGAAAUAUUCCCCAACUUGCACCGAUGCGCGUAUUCCGGAGGAGGACAAGGCGGUUCUCGCUACGUUUGGAACAUUGAUUUGCGCCAACACCGUUGCUGUUGAUCGGGAGGCCACCGCACCGAGUAAACAUACGACAGAUGAGAUUUGUGGUGGGAUCCUUUACAAGCAGUGCGCUCUCAAUGGGGUCCAAGGAAUUUGUUUUAACACGCGGAUGAUGGUUAUCAACUGCGAAACAAGUUCCGGGUAUAUAGCUAUGCGGAAGUUGCAGAUCCAGCGUAACGUUGGAGAUCCUUGUGAUCCCGACGUCGAGGCAUGGCUGGGAUGCAGCGCUAUAGGCACUUAA